UAAACCAGAUAUUGGUAUGCUAUUGCUGCAACUCGGCAAAACACCCAUACACCCACUACUCUCCUGUAUGUAAAAAAUCAAAAAAAUUUUCAGUCAGCGAAACGAACUAAAAAAAAAAAAAAAGAGUUGAAUAAAGCAGUAAUUUUUCAUUAGCUUUCAAGAGUUAUUUGCCACAACAGAAGAGUAUACCAUGUCCAACACAUCAGCAGAUCAUACCAGAGAUCCAUGUCCUAUAGUUAUAUUGAAUGAUUUCGGAGGGGCCUUUUCCAUGGGUGUCAUUGGUGGUUGCGUUUGGCACGGGAUCAAAGGAUUUCGUAAUUCGCCAUACGGAGAAAGAUGGUAUGGAUCCAUAAGUGCAAUCAAGGCCAGAGCCCCAGUGGUUGGGGGGAACUUUGGUGUUUGGGGUGGGUUAUUUUCCACCUUUGAUUGUUCAGUCAAGGCCAUUAGAAGAAGAGAAGAUUCAUGGAAUGCCAUCAUUGCCGGUUUUUUCACCGGGGGUGCUUUAGCCAUCAGAGGUGGAUGGAGACAUACUAGAAACUCUGCCAUUACCUGUGCAUGUUUCUUGGGUAUUUUCGAAGGGGUCGGUAUGAUGAUGCAAAGAUUCAUGGCCCAACCCCAAAUGGCCCCAGUUUACGCCGACGAAAACGGAACCCCAAUGGCUGCCUAGUCCCAUUGCUUUAAUUACACCACGAUUUAUAAAUGAACCUACUCCUUUGAAAAGUAUUAAUUUUUUUUCAAUUUCCCGAUUCUGACUUGAAUUCUACAAGUAUUCAACCCAAAUCUUGUAAAUAUUACCAAUUCCCCUCGCCUUCCCCCUUUCCCUUCUACUUCUCUUGUUAAUGUCAUGUAUAGAGCAUUUUUCCCUUAGUUUUUCCUAUAAAAACAUGUUUUCAACCUUGU